UGGAACUCGCCGUUUCCCAGCUCUGAACGGCUCGAUCAAACACAACCCGGGGCGACAUGGAGGCGAUAUGGCUGUACCAGUUCCGACUGAUUGUCAUCGGUGACUCCACCGUGGGGAAGUCGUGUCUGAUCCGGCGCUUCACGGAGGGCCGGUUCGCCCAAGUGUCAGAUCCCACCGUGGGGGUGGACUUCUUCUCUCGCCUGGUGGAAAUCGAGCCGGGCAAACGCAUCAAGCUUCAGAUCUGGGACACCGCCGGCCAGGAACGCUUCAGGUCCAUCACUAGGGCCUACUACCGUAACUCGGUGGGCGGUCUGCUGCUGUUCGACAUCACCAACCGACGCUCGUUCCAGAACGUUCACGAGUGGCUGGAGGAGGCGCGUAGUCACGUGCAGCCGCACAGCAUCGUCUUCCUAUUGGUCGGACACAAGUGUGAUCUGGAGCCCCAGAGACAGGUGAGUCGGCAGGAGGCGGAGAAGCUGGCGGCGGCGUACGGCAUGCGCUACGUGGAGACCUCGGCGAGGGACGCCAUCAACGUGGAGCGGGCCUUCACCGAGCUGACGCGCGACAUCUUCGAGCUGGUGAAGCGCGGCGACAUCACCAUCCAGGAGGGCUGGGAGGGCGUGAAGAGCGGCUUCGUGCCCAACGUGGUGCACUCCUCCGAGGAGGUGACCAAGAGCGACCGCCGCUGCCUCUGCUGAGCUGGGAGGACGGGAACGGGCGGAUGGGUGGACGGACGGAUGGAGCGCGAUGGAUGGAUGGAUGGAUGGAUAGAUGGCUGGAUGGACCUCCUCAAAACUACAUACAUCAUACUCAACUCCUUUUUU